ACACUAGUCGGUGGAGAGUCCGGAGACGAGCGAACCUGGCGGGUGUAGAGAAGGCUGUGAACAGCAAAAAUUUGGUCUCCGUGGAUGUGUUUUCCCUCUUGUAAUGGUCGGAGGCCAUCAUACGGCGCCCAGUGAAGGAACAGAGUCAAGAGGUGGACGGACACAGGCGUCAGUUUGACAGAGCGGCUCACGUUAGCUGUGUUUUAAGCUACUAGCCAGUUAGCAUUACUCGUACUCGGCUUGUAGAGGCUAGUUAGCUGACGGUGCUAACGCGGUAGCUGCUGGUAGCUGCCUGCAAACACUCGCUGCUGCAGGUGGGAAACCAAGAGACGAAAGCAGGAGCGUAACAUACCUCAGCGGAGCCUCCAGCAUUAGCCUCAUCAAGCUCCUUAGCAUAUCUCGGUUUGGAUACACGACCAGAAGGAGCCCCCGGGGGAGGCCCGCCACCUUUGUCCAGCUUCACAUUACUGAGCCUCCAACCUUCCACCUUUCACUGCCCCUGGCUCAGUCGGUGGCUCAGCAACACUUCAAAGGGGAAGGUCUGCGGCGCUGCAGAUAACACACUGCACCCCCAAGCACCAGCAAGCCUUUGCAGAGCCCCUACGCAGUCCCUCGGCUGACAGAAAGAAUCGACCCUUAGAGUAGGACCUGUAGUGGAGAAGACCAAUUUCGGCCUGAACAAAGGCAGACAGAGAGAACUAAUGUCAAGCCCUUCUCCUCCUCAGACAGCCUAGCGAAGGUCCAGGAGGUAGCAAGCUGGCUUUUGGAAAUGAACCAGGAUCUGCUGUCGGGGGGCAGCAGCAGCAGGCGGAGUCGAGGGCCGGGGGGUCCGGCAGUGCGAGGUAACGCCUCCUCCACAGCCCGGGCACCCCAGCAGGCAGCAGAGGAGGGCGAUGAGGAUGAGCACAUGAACCGGGUAGUAGAGGAGGAAGAGCAGCUGCAGCAGAGGCCUGAGGCGUCACAGGUUGACGGUGGGAGAGAGCAAUCAUGGGCGCCCAGCGAGUCGGGAGCCAGCAAUGGCCCUCGUGGAGAGGAGGAAGGAGAAGAAGAUGAAGAUGGCCUGCCAAACGAAGUGAACGGAGGGGAGAAAGGAGCCCGAUGGAUGUGGGAGACAGAGCAGAGACGACUGCGAGGUCAGCCGCUGGGCGAAGAAGACGAGGAGGAGGAGGAAGAGGAGGAGAACAACAACAGCAGCAGCCACCAAGAGGAGGAGGAGGCAGAGGAGAGGACAGAGGGAGGGAAGGAACAGGGAAGGGAGGAAGAGGAGAGGGAAGAGGGUGAGGAGGAAGAGGAGGAGGAUGAGGACGAGGAAGAGAUGGACCAAGACAGUGAUGACUUUGAACAUUCGGUGGAGAGUGGGAGGGAGGAGGAAGAGGAGGAGGAAGGAGAAGGGGAGGAAGGGCCACGGUCUCCCUCUCUCAGGAACAAUGUGUCUGCCCCCAAUAACAACCUGGACUCGGGUUGUACACACCAAAGCUCUUCCAACAAGAAGAUGAAAAGAAAGUUGGACCAUGGCCCCGAGGUCCGAUCUUUCCCUUCAGGAAAAAAGCCCUGCAAAGGCCCAGAGUAUCCAAGCCCGACAGGAAUUGUCCCAUGUCCAGCCACACCCACCACAUUUGGCCACAUCAGAACAGCCAACGGUCAGGGGCAACAGAGACGGCGUAUCACCUCAAUCCAGCCACCCACGGGUCUCCAAGAAUGGCUCCGAACAUUUCAGAGCUGGACUGGCCCAGAGAAGCUGCUGGCACUGGAUGAGUUGAUUGACAGCUGUGAGCCCACACAAGUCAAGCAUAUGAUGCAGGUGAUUGAGCCGCAGUUUCAGCGAGACUUUAUCUCCCUGCUGCCCAAAGAGCUGGCUUUGUAUGUGCUGUCGUUCCUGGAACCGAAGGACCUCCUCCAAGCAGCCCAGACGUGUCGCUACUGGCGCAUCCUGGCAGAGGACAACCUGCUGUGGAGGGAGAAAUGCAGGGAAGAAGGCAUCGACGAGCCUCUGCCCCUCAAGAAGAGGAAAAUCGUCAAGCCCGGCUUCACUCACAGCCCCUGGAAGAGUGCCUACAUCAGGCAGCACAGAAUAGACACUAACUGGAGGAGAGGGGACCUCAAAUCACCCAAGGUGCUGAAAGGUCAUGACGACCAUGUGAUCACCUGCCUCCAGUUCUGUGGCAACCGCAUUGUCAGCGGCUCUGACGACAACACGCUGAAAGUCUGGUCAGCUAUCACAGGAAAGUGUCUGCGGACAUUGGUGGGCCACACAGGGGGCGUGUGGUCAUCCCAGAUGCGAGACAACAUUAUCAUCAGCGGCUCCACUGAUCGCACACUCAAGGUCUGGAACGCAGAGACAGGAGAAUGUAUCCACACCCUCUAUGGGCAUACCUCAACAGUGCGCUGCAUGCACCUACAUGAGAAAAGGGUGGUCAGUGGCUCUCGUGACGCCACGCUGCGCGUCUGGGACAUCGAGACAGGUCAGUGUUUACACGUCCUCAUGGGCCACGUGGCGGCAGUGCGCUGCGUCCAGUACGAUGGGCGACGAGUGGUCAGCGGUGCCUAUGACUUCAUGGUUAAAGUGUGGGACCCCGAGACAGAGACCUGCCUCCACACGCUGCAGGGCCACACCAACAGAGUGUACUCGUUACAGUUUGAUGGAAUCCACGUGGUGAGCGGCUCAUUGGACACGUCUAUAAGGGUCUGGGACGUGGAGACGGGCAAUUGCAUCCACACGCUAACAGGGCAUCAGUCACUCACCAGUGGCAUGGAGCUCAAAGACAACAUCCUGGUCUCAGGCAAUGCAGACUCCACUGUCAAGAUCUGGGACAUCAAGACGGGCCAGUGCCUGCAAACACUGCAAGGUCCACACAAGCACCAGAGCGCCGUGACGUGUCUUCAGUUCAACAAGAACUUUGUCAUCACCAGCUCGGACGAUGGCACAGUUAAACUGUGGGACCUGAAGACGGGGGAGUUCAUCCGAAACCUGGUGACUCUGGAGAGUGGCGGCAGCGGCGGUGUGGUGUGGCGCAUCCGGGCCUCCAACACCAAGCUGGUGUGCGCAGUUGGCAGCCGCAACGGCACAGAGGAGACCAAGCUGCUGGUGCUGGACUUUGACGUGGACAUGAAGUGAGAAGGGACGUGGUGGGGAAGCAUGAAGAGAGCGCACCGCGGAGAGGGAGGAAUAGAGAGAGAAUGGGGGAUGAGGCACCUAGAAACCAGAGGGCCAACGCCGCUAACUCUUCACCCAAACUCGCAAAAUCUGCAACCACCACCACUAACAGUGGGCUGUCCUGUCCUCUACAAUUAUCUCCCCCGUCCCCCUUUUGGGUAAAUGUUACUGACAAAGCCACAGACCCUCACAUGUGUUUAGCCCCUGCUUUGUACCCCUACCACCCGUACGAGGUGGAGCCAGAGGGGAUCGGGCUGGAAAUGGGGCAGGGGGCCAUGACCGGUCUGUCCCUUGAUUAGCUGGGAGAAAGAAGAGAAGAAGAAAGGAAUGACUGACGACUGAACUCUUUUGAAGUGACUCUCCACCCUUUCGGUUCGGGGGCAGCUUCGCACAGAGACUUGGUUUCGCUUCAAGCCUGACAGAUUUUGAGAUGUACAGAGAUAUAUUAUUUUUUAAAGCCCCAACCCCCACCCCCCAUCAGUACGCGCCCUCAAACACACACACACACUCAAACCAGAAAAGUGGAAAACAUUGACCGUAGGAAAAGAUUGGGGAAGGUGGGAGACGUUUAAAGGUGAAUUUCCACACAGUUCCACGUGAAAAGCUGCUUGAUGUAGAGGAGAGAAAUUGGAGGGUUCAGCCUGUAAUCAGGCUCGUUUCUUGUCACUCCAUUUCCGUUCUUGUUCUCCACUCGGUUUCUGUAGUUUGAUUUCUUUACAAUAUCGCACACAAACACAACUGUGAAUUUCAGUACCUUUUGGGUUUAUCAUAUGAAAGGGGUUUCUCUAUUGAUGUUGUUUUUUUUUUUUUCCUCUUUCCUUGCCGUUGCCAACAGCAACAAAUCCCAGUAUUAGAAACCUGCUCGGUUUAGGUUUGCUGUCAUUAUGUCACAAGGUUUUUUGUUCUUCCUUUCUGUUUUCUACAUACCUGGGUUUGGAGCUCCAUCUCCACAUAAACAUCAAUGCUGUCCAGAAUUUUUCAGUCUAGCUGGGGUGGUUUCCUCAAUGCCGGUGCUUAACGAGAAGUAAAGGUUCUUUUCUCAAAGCGCUGUGGAUUAAUGCCCCUGAACCCCCCAGCCCCUUCCCCUCUACUGUUUUCCCCCAGUGGCCAAACUGUAUUUAUGCUGCUAGAUGAAUGGAAAAAAGAGAGAUGGAACUUUUACUUGCUGUGACGUUUUAGUCCCAGGCGAAAUUCCAAAUUGAACUCUGUAUGUUUGGACUUCAACAAAAGAUGACAAAAGAUAACAUCCAACAUUUUUGUUUUGUUUUGUUUGUUUUUGCCACUGAAACUUGAGCCAAACGUGCCUCUACGAGGCUGAGAGGAGGGAGCGCGUCCGACAGAUUCUGACGGGAUCGCCUGCAGAGAGGAAACAAGCGGAUGUACACUGUUGGCGUGCGUGUGUGUGCGUGCAUGAGUGCGUGUGUUAAGCGUGUUAAUGGGCAACUUGUAAACACAUUCCUUGGGACAAAGCUCUUUCGGCCUGUUCUUUGGGGAAAUGUACAAAUGCUGUGUGGACUGGCAAAGAAAAAAAAAAAACUAGCAGAUGUAUCAACUUUAACACGUGAAUGAGAGAACUGUUCGUAUCCAUGUGUGAUUGUUGUUCCAUUCAAAGAUGUCUGAAGCAACAGAGGAGACCAUCACAAGCAUCAAGUGACAGGUCGAGCUGCCAGGAGUCUUAGUGUUACAUGUGUUGCAGUGAAAAUCACCGCGGUCGCAGCCUCGUGGAUCGUCAGUGGGAAACAUAAAAACACAAAGGCAACAAACGUGAACUGAAACAUUGUAGCCAAACGAAAAAUCGUCUCAAUCUCCAAGAGUCACAACUCAAGCUGAACUGUGAAAGUGGUAUAACACUGUAUAUUAAAAAAGAAAAAAGAAAACAAUCUUGCUCUAUCUCCUCUCGUUGUUUUCUCCCUCUGUUUUAAUUUAUGAUCUGGUUUGAGAAAUCAGAUUUGUUGCAGGUGUUUUAUUUUUUCAGUUCAUGUAAACUGCCUGGCAAAAAAGAAAACAGACAGAAAAAACCUUAAAGGGAUUGUGUAUUUGUUUGAUUCACUUAGAAUUUUAUUUUCUUAUAACUUAAGUGCAAUAAAAUGUGGGUUUUUCUUUUUUCAUUUCAAGCAUAUCAGUUGUCUGUUUUUGUUACCUGUGUGAAGGCAUCUUAUAUGUUCAAUAAAGCAAAUUAUUUGGUUAAUUACA